AUGAAAGCUAUUGGAGUAAUAAAGCGUAAAGCAAGUCUUUUGAUGGUAGAUUCACCGUAUUCUCAAAAUGCAAAGUUUAGAAACAUGUUCCGGUUGCCUGAAACAGAGCAGUUAAAGUAUGAAUUACCAGCAGAAGUCACGUUUUUUUUUGGAUUAACUGAAAAAAAAUAUCAAGGAUCUGUAUAUAUAUCAACAUCUUGUCUUUGUUUUAUGAGCAAUACUAAAAAAGCAUGCAGUUUUGCUUUACCUUUUUCUACAAUACGUAAAGUUGAAAGGGUCAAAACAAAGGGCUAUUUAUUUGUUUUUUCUAUUUUCACAUGGCACAUGAUGAAGUUUGUUCUUUCUCUUGAAGGGCCUUAUCAUAAUUGUGAAUUAUUUUGCAAUUGCUUUAAACAGAGUUUGGAGUCAAGUUCUAUUCUUAUAAAAAUUCUUAAACCGUUUCUCUUGUCGUGUUUUUCUGAAUAUAUGCUUAUGAAUAAAAAGAUGCAUAAAUAUUCUUCACUACCUACUGGACUUGGAUCAAAUCCUAAUUUUGGCUAUCCUGGAGAUUAUAAAAAGCUUCAUGAUUCGAGUAAAGUACGUCUUUGGAGAGAAUAUUUCCAAUUAUAUGGUAGAAAUUUAACUCUUAUACGUUUUCCUGAUUUCUACAAACUUAUUCAAAUUGGUCUGCCGAAUAGGCUUAGAGGAGAAAUAUGGGAAUUAUGUUCUGGAAGUAUGUUAAUGAGGUGGCUUCAUAUUAAUGAAUAUGAAAAACUUCAAAUGCAACAUCAAGGACAAACGAAUAUUAGUAUGGAAGAAAUAGAAAAAGAUUUGAAUAGGAGUCUUCCCGAAUAUCCUGCUUAUCAAACAGAUGAAGGGAAGGAUGCUCUUCGCAGAGUUCUUACUGCAUAUUCUUGGAAAAAUCCUGAACUUGGAUAUUGUCAGGCAAUGAAUAUUAUUGUUGCAACAUUUUUAAUUUAUACCACUGAAGAGCAAGCUUAUUGGUUAUUAAAUACACUUUGUGAUAAUUUAUUACCAGGGUACUAUAGUACAACUAUGUACGGAGUAUUGCUAGAUCAGCGUGUUUUUGAAUCUCUGUUAGAAAAAACUAUGCCAAUUUUAUGGGAGCACUUUUUAAAGUCAGAUGUUCAACUUAGUUUAAUUAGUUUACCUUGGUUUCUUUCACUAUAUAUAAAUUGUGUGCCUUUGAUUUUUGCACUUCGUAUCUUAGAUUGUUUUUUUCUUGAGGGACCUAAGGUAUUAUUUCAGAUUGGAUUAGCUGUUCUUAGGUUAAAUGGGGAAAAACUUUUAGCGGCUGAUGAUGAUGGAUCAUUGGUCUUUAUUUUAAAAGAAUAUUUUCAUACUUUAGAUGAACCAGCAUAUCCUGAUUCAUCGAAUUUAAAACAUAGAAACAUUACGCGUUUUCAAGAGUUAAUGGUUUGUGCAUUAAAAGAAUUUGAUAUUGUAACUAUUGAAUUGCUUAAUAAACAACGUCAAAAAUAUAAGAAUGAAGUGUUAAACAACAUUGAAGGAUUUGCAAAAAGAACUCAGCUACGAAGCUUACAUAAUACAGGGAAUUUAACGCCAUCUGAGAUUAGUAUUAUUUAUGAUAGGUUUCAUUCCGCACUACUUCAAAAAAGAAUUGGUCUAGGGCCCAGUAAUACACGUAUGGAUUAUAAUUCAUUCAAAAGAUUUCUAUCUGGAAUUGCUACUUGGCCACAAGAUAAUAAGACAUCUAACCGGUUAUAUAUUAAGAAAAAUAAUUUAAAAAAAUAUGAUCAUACUCAUGAGAUUUUUAUGAAGUCUUUAUUUUCAAAAUGGAAUAAGUUAUCAUCAGAGGGAUUGGAUUUUCAAGAUGUUAUAUCAGGGAUUGCAGAGUUUAAAUUUCUUGAUUUGAUGCAUUCAAUAACUUAUUUUUUUGAAUUAUAUGAUACUGAUAAUGAUGGGAAAAUUGUAAAAGAUGAAGUUCUAAAAAUGAGUGAAUGCCUUCUAUUUUUUAUGCAAAAAGAACAUGAGGAUACUUGUUUAAAAAGUAUUAAUAAUUUUAUAAAAAAUUGUUUUACUUAUGCAGAGAAAAAUGAUGAUAUAUCUUAUGAAGAUACCUUGUCUAGUAUAAACAAAUUAGACAUUUCUAGUGAAUUAACGCUGGAUACAACAAUGGAGUUAUAUAUUACUUUACCAAAGUUUAGAAUGGUAAUAUUAAGUGAUGAAUUGUUAGAGGAUUUUUUUACUACUAAAUUUUCUUCUUUAUUAACAAUCACUCAAAUAAAUACAAAUACUAGAUCAAACUUUCUUCGUGAUAUGUUUGAUUCUUUAGUGAUGGAUGGUAUACGUGCAACUAAUGAAGUGAAAAAAUUCAUAGAUGUCCAAAAAGACUUAGAUAAUAGUAUAAAAUCAUCCAAUUCUUGUUCCUUGUUACCUCAAAAGAAAGAAGAGAUGCGGAAACCUAAGCAAAUUGAUAGAGAUUUAUUAAAUGAGGAGAAUUUUGAAGAUAUUCAAUCUGCUUUUGAAGAGAAAAGGCAAAAUAAUGUUUUAUUGAGAUAUAUAUCUAAGCACUGUACUAAAUUAGAUAAAGGAAAGAAUAUUUAA